UAUCCACGGCGAUAUAUAUUCUUAAAAAUAUAUAUUUGAUUUAGAACUUUGUUAUUAUAUUUUAAGUAUGUUGAAGUUCCUUUCACGAAGAAUGAGUUCCAGUUAUUCCCUGGGAAUUUUUAGUAAUGCAAGUGAAUUACAAAUUCAGCAAAUGAAUGAAAAGAUUGUUUUAGUUGACAAAAAUGACAAAGUGUUGGGCUCAGUAAGCAAAAGAGAUUCUCAUGAACUGCAGAUAGAUGGAAAUAGUCAGUUACACCGUGCAUUUAGUGUUUUUUUAUUUAAUUCCAAAAAUGAACUUUUGCUGCAGCAAAGAUCAGCUUCCAAAGUAACAUUUCCUAAUUAUUUAACUAAUACAUGUUGUAGUCAUCCUCGUUUUAAUCAGGAAGAAUUAGUGGAGUAUAAUCAUCUUGGAGUAAAACUAGCAGCUCAGAGAAGACUUCUUUAUGAACUGGGGAUCGCGGAAGAACAAGUUCCAAUUGAAGCUAUGCAUCACUUAACGCGAAUUCACUAUUUUGCCAAAUAUAAUCAUCAUUGGGCUGAACACGAACUCGAUCAUGUGAUUUUAAUAAAAAGUGAUGUGGAUCUUUCAAAUAUUAACUCAGAUGAAGUCCAGCACACUCAGUAUGUUAAUCAAAAUCAAUUGAGAAUAAUGAUGGAUGAUAAAAAGUUUAAAGCAACCCCUUGGUUUAGAUAUAUAUAUGAAGGAUUUUUGUUUAAUUGGUGGUCAAAGUUAGAUGAUCUUUCAACAUGUCAAGAUGAUCUUAUACACAGGGCUGGCAAUCAAACUAUUUAAAAUAUGUUGAACAUAUGUUUUUUAGAAUCAUGUAUAGAAUACAAUAAUAUACCAUAAUCAUAUAUAUAUAUAUAUA